UACUGAUGAUGAUAUACGUUUUCACGAUGAACCCGGGUGUUUUGUGCUUCGCCACCGCAUAAUAAAUUUCGAAAUGGCGGCGCCCAUGGAUCACCUGUCUACGGUGAAGCAUGUCAUUUUGGUGUUAUCUGGGAAAGGUGGAGUAGGAAAAAGUACAGUUGCUGCCCAGUUAGCUCUUGGUCUCAAGCAGGCUGGCAAAAAAGUGGGUUUGUUAGACAUUGACCUGUGUGGUCCCAGUGUUCCAAAGAUGUUUGGUCUGGAUGGGCAGGAUGUCCACCAGUGUCCAGAGGGGUGGCUGCCAGUGUAUGUUGACAAGGAGCAGAGACUGGGUGUGAUGUCUAUAGGCUUCCUCAUUGAGAGCAGGGAUGAUGCAGUAGUCUGGAGGGGUCCAAAGAAGAAUGCUAUGAUCAAGCAGUUCUUAAGUGAUGUGGUAUGGAAAGACGUGGACUAUCUGAUAAUAGACACACCCCCAGGUACCUCUGAUGAACACAUAACAGUGGUUGAGGGACUCAAGGCAUACUGUCCAGAUGGCGCUAUACUUGUGACAACACCACAGGGAGUUUCAAUAGGAGACGUGAGAAGAGAGCUAACAUUUUGCCGUAAAACUGGGGUUCCCAUACUUGGAAUUGUUGAAAACAUGAGUGGAUUUGCCUGCCCUUGUUGUGGGGAAGUUACCAACAUUUUCUCCAAGGGAGGUGGGGAGGCACUGGCCAAGCAAGCCCAUGUACCAUUUCUAGGCUGUAUUCCGUUGGACCCGAACCUUGCUGCAUCUCUGGAGGAAGGCAAGAACUUCCUUGAGCACUACAGUUCCUCCCCCACAUUCACCGCCCUGAACCAUGUCAUCACGAGGCUCAUGCAGGUCGACAGGGACUUCUGAACAUCCCUGGUGAAUGGGAAGCUAGGGGAAUAUAAUAUAGGGUCUUUCAAUGUUGCCAUAUGAAUACUUUGACUUAUAACAUCCCUGGUGAAUGGGAAGCUAGGGGAAUAUAAUAUAGGGUCUUUCAAUGUUGCCAUAUGGAUACUUUGACUUAUAUUUUUACUGAUUCUGAUUCUUGCAUUUAUCAUUUUAUAUCAUUAAUGUUUGAUUUUUAGUUCCAAUAUCAAUCUAGAUGCAGGUCUGUAAAAUGUGUUAAAUUAAAUUCUUAAAAAAGCCAAAUUUUGCAAAGACUGGGAUAAAGGUGCGCAGUGCGUUCUUUUCCCAUAUAAACGAAAAACUGCGCAUCAUUUCCCUAAUGCGAUGCGCACCAUUACGCAAUGCGAUGCCCGUUGCAUAAAUCUUAUAUAAGAUAAAUUACUCUUACACAUUUUAUUUUUUUGCUCUUACUCGACUUAUGAGAUCGUUUAUGAAAAAAAUCGAGGUAGAUUAAUCCCUGCAUCGUUGCGGUAAUGUUUGUUAAAGUUGUUGUUGUCAUGAAAACUCGUUGAUUUACAACGCAAAACGUCUUAUUUGAACUGACGCGAAUUAAUUAAAUCAUGUUUUUCAACUUCGCUUUUGCUUUAUUUUGAUAAUUUAAUCCAACGUCUAAUGUAAGCAAGUGUUUUUUGUACUGGAAUUGUAAACAAAGAGUCAGUUAAAGUCUUCCGAAAAUUUGCACUGUGUGAGUUUACAGUUUGACGUCAUCAAAGGAAAGCCGCUUCCUGUCUGAAGCAAUAAAGCGACAAAUUUCUCGCGCUGACAAAAUUGCUUCCUUUGUCUAGCAAUUAACAUGCCGAACCAAUCGUGUGUCAAUGCAUAGCUCUGCCUUCGAAUCUUUUGCAGAGAACGGAGGUGGAGUUAGUUAAACGGUUAAUUGAGCAAGUGUUUUACGCAAGUUGAGUUCCAAUUUGCUGAAAUUACUCGGCCCUAAGCAUUGAAACGACGAAUGCAUUUAUCCAUGAUUUUCCGAGAUAUACUGAUUAGAAAACUUUCUGUACAGUUCCUAUAAACUAUGGCGGACGCCCGUGUUUACAAAAUUGCUAAACACAUAUAUUGUAAAUAAUGGCAGUGUUUUAUUGGAUUAUUUAUACUAAUUAUCAUAUUGCAAGGUAAUACUAUUUUUAUCUACUAUAAUAUCGGGUUUGUUUAAUUUAAUUAACAUGUUAAACAAUAUAGUUGCAUUACAGACUUUGAAAUAAAUUUGAUGGGGUUGCAAUUUUACUGACGCUGAUUUUCUUGUCUGUAAUUUUUACCCGAAAUCAAUCUUGAGAAGCGCCCAUUCAUUAUUGCAAAGUGCCCAUUCAACUUUGUAAGUGCCCAUUGUUUUUUUCAUCUAUGGGGCAGUAAUCCCAUCAGAGAAAAAAAUAUCCCGAUCUCUGAUUUUGUAUUUAUAGGUUAUUGUUUUCUUGUUUGAGAGACAAGCAAAUAUAUUUUCCUGUUUAUGUUUUGAAAUUUUAGAUGCAGAUAACAUCUAUUGUAACAGAAACAUAAUAAAUUGAAUGUGCAAUUAUGGCAGUCUCUUGGAAAGGAAUGGUGAUCACAAUUCUCAUAGCAUAAAUAUUUAAUCAGGUGCAUUAACCAAUCAUGAUUUGAGAUUUGAAGUAUAUUUUCCUAUAAAAUUAAUUUUAUUGGAAGUAGGUAAUGAAUUGUCAUGGUCUUAUAAGCAUUUUAAGGCAUAAGAUAUAUACAAACAAGAGAUGUGUUUGUCAGAAACACAAUGCCCCCUACUGCGCUGCUUUGAUUUUUUUUUUACCUUUGACCUUGAAGGAUGACCUUGACCUUUCACCACUCAAAAUGUGCAGCUCUACGAGAUAUACAUGCAUGCCAAAUAUCAAUAUUGCAAAAGUUAUGGCCAAUGUUAAAGUUUUCGGACGGAAGCACAGACUGACGGACAGUUCAACUGCUGUAUGCCACUCUACAGGGGGCAUACAAAAAUGUGCUACUGCUACCUGUAUAUUUUGAAGGCAUGUCUGAACAUUAAGAUUUGUGUUUCCAGAUAUUCCACAUUUUAUCUGAAAAUACAAGUUCUGAGUUCUUUAUAGAAACAUCAGUUAUUUAAAUACAUCGACUGCCUUACUAUUUUUCCACAUGCAACGUUUUCAAGGGUUGUAUACUGGAUUCAUUAUGGGUGUUUGUCUGUCCGUAGACACAAAGUUGUAGUACAAAGUAUUCCAACACUUCAACAGACAACCUUUAAACAUGUAUGACUUGUACACUAUGAUAUGAAGUUUUGCAUGUGUAAUUUUUAUUAUCCUACUUUAAAAAUUGCUAAAUAAUACUUAUGCCCUCCUCAACUUUCUAUCAUCUAUCAUUACAACUUGCUUUCUAGUAUGACAUGCUUUGUCAGGGGGUAUUCAUCACUUGUAUGAAAAGCUCUUGUUUGCAUUUGCCCUUUCAAUAAUCAAUAGUAGUUCCAUGAUACAACAUUUACAAAAAAAUGUAGUUCUUAGUUUAUGACGGUGAUAUUGUUUCCCAUCACUGUUACAUUUUGCCUAAAUGUCUGCUAUUUAUUUGUGUAUAUAUGUAAAUAGUAUUUUAUUAAAAGCAUAUAAUUAUUUUAUUACUAAAUGAGUGCAAGUGAAAUUUAUAUAAGUCCUAUUGUUUCUAAAACAAUUUGUGUGGUUGAUUGUUUGUCAGUUUUGUAUAUUAUGCAACCAUGGCUAUGUAGUAUAUUGUGCUUAUGUGAAUCUGAAGUGGGUUUUUUGAAGCUGUAAGCAAGGUAUUGUAUGUGUUGAUUUAUCAGGCCUGCUAUCUUUUAGGUAUCAAUGCCCAUUUGUAUCAUGUGUCCACUUCAUAGCCAAAAGAUGCUAUAAGCCAUGUUUGUAAAUUGGCUGAUAGGACCUGUCUGUCAAGGACCAAUUUAUAAUUCAUUUAACUGCUAGACUAAAAAGUUAACAUUCCAGGUUCAGAAAAAAAAACUAUUAGUGCUAAUCUGUUGAUGACUUGAACAUUAUGGGACUUUCAUUGUAGUAACGCAUUGAUGUGCAUAACAAUAAAUUAUGUUAUGUGUGUAUGAAUGAGGUAAUUAAACAUGUACAAUGCCAAUGGUGAAGCAUUACUUGCCUGUUUUUUUACACAUGUAAUUUGCCAUUGACACUGUCAUAACAUAGUUUCAGGAAAUUUUUGCACAAACUGAUUUGCCCAUAACGUGUUUCUCAAAUGCUGAACAGUGAACACUAUCUACAAUGAAGUUUGUCUGAAGCAAUUCAACUCAUUUUUGUUUGCAUAAAGGGACAUAAUCUUUUGAAGAUGUUCUCAGAGAAACAGUACAUUUUGUUUUGCAUUCAUAAUUUUGGUUUAUAUAUUAUAAUAAUAAUUUCUAAGAUUUUUUCAUACAGAGAUAGGUGUAAUUAAUUAGUGAUUGUUUUAAUUCAUAUUCAGAAAAAAAUAUGAUUUGAUUUUAUCAAAAUAGAAAAAUAAAAUGAUAAACAUA